UCAAAUGAAGAACAAUGAGCCAUCAGAUAAAAUUACCGACUAAUGAUCCCUGUUUUCAUUUUUAUUACCAACUAUUAAACCUAGUGGCAAACGGUAUUCUUUUUUAUCCUCUGAAGUCUACACUGGUUCUCUCCUAACCGAAGUGUUCAUCAACGUUUGAAGCGAAUCUCCAUAUCCAGGGUUGAUAUUUAUUUGGUUAUUAACAAUUGGCGGAUCGCCUGAAUUACAUUUGAAUGGCUUGGAGGAGGGUGUCUGGUAGAAAGGUAACUUACAUUGCAAAUCUAGAAAACGCUUUGGCUAUUCCCGUCCCUGGGGGUGCAUUGGCGUCAAGAUCUUACUCCAAUCAUGCUAGUAGGUCAAUCAUAGAAUCAGAGAUAUGGAUGUCAGGGUCAUUAGACAAGCUACAGUUUCUUGGUGGUCUCAGUCCGAAGGCGUUGACUCGACGGCCUUUAGUGCGGCAUUUUCAUGCGAGCCUCCAGCUAUUGGCUAAAAAAAAAGAUGAGUCAUUUGGUUUGAAGACUGCCCGAAGAGAGAAGUACUAUGUGAAGAAGGCAGGGAAGACACAACCUCCUGUCGAUGCCCCGUACGUGCCUCCUACAGUUAAAAAGAAUAUCAAGCAAGUGCCAGAUAAAACAAUUGAUAUAUUUGAAGGCAUAACGGUUGCUGAGCUUUCCAAGUGCACUGGAAAAUCAAUACAUGCUCUUCAGGAUAUCCUGAUAAAUGUCGGGGAAAGGGCUUGCUCAGAGUUUGACUCCCUUAGCAUUGAUGUUGCAGAACUGGUUGCCAUUGAAGUUGGUGUUCACGUGAAGAGACUACACUCUAAUGAAGGUUCAGAAAUCUUGCCAAGGCCCCCGGUUGUGACAGUAAUGGGUCAUGUUGAUCAUGGUAAAACUUCCCUUUUGGACGCAUUACGACAAACAUCCCUGGCAGCUAAAGAAGCUGGUGGUAUAACUCAACAUGUCGGUGCGUUUGUUGUGAGCAUGCAGUCAGGGGCAUACAUCACAUUUCUGGAUACACCAGGUCAUGCUGCUUUCAGUGCUAUGCGAGCUAGAGGUGCUGCAGUCACUGAUAUAGUUGUCUUGGUGGUUGCUGCUGAUGACGGAGUAAUGCCACAAACGCUAGAAGCCAUGUCACAUGCUGUAGCUGCAAAAGUUCCAAUUGUAGUUGCAAUAAAUAAAUGUGACAAGCCGGGUGCAAACCCUGAAAGAGUUAAAGUGCAGCUUGCCUCGGAGGGUUUGGGUUUAGAAGAGAUGGGUGGGGAUAUUCAAGUGAUUGAAGUAUCUGCAAAACAAAAUACUGGAUUAGACAGUUUGGAGGAGGCUUUGCUUCUCCAGGCUGAGAUGAUGGAACUCAAAGCACGUGUUGAUGGACCUGCACAAGCCUAUGUGGUGGAAGCAAGACUUGAUAAAGGGCGUGGUCCGCUUGCCACUGCUAUAGUCAAGGCAGGGACGUUAGUUUGUGGUCAGUAUGUAGUUGUGGGUGUAGAGUGGGGUCGUAUAAGAGCUCUCAGGAAUAUGAUAGGGAAGUUAACAGAAAAGGCAAACCCUGCAAUGCCCGUUGAGAUUGAAGGACUGAAAGGUCUUCCAAUGGCUGGUGAUGAUAUUGUUGUUGUAGAGUCUGAGGAGAGAGCAAGGAUGCUUAGUGCGGGUAGAAAGAAAAAGCUAGAGAGAGAUCGACUUCUGAAGAUUGAACAGGAGAGGUCAGAAAUUGCUUUGCCCUCAGAGGAGGAGGAAACUGAAAAGGUUGAAAUGGUUGAAUUGCCUAUCAUAGUAAAAGCAGAUGUCCAGGGAACUGUUCAAGCUGUUACAGAUACGUUGAGAAGUUUGACUAGCCCUCAGGUCCUUGUGAAUGUAGUUCAUGUUGGAGUGGGUCCUAUAUCUCAAUCUGAUCUGGACUUAGCUAAAGCUUGUAAAGGCUGUAUUGUCGGGUUCAAUAUUCGUAGUCCGCCUAGUUCCAUCACCCGAGAAGCCAAGCAGGCCGACAUAAAGCUAGUACUGCAUAGUAUAAUCUACAACCUGUUGAACGAAGUUGGUGCUUUGAUAGUAGAAAAAGCCCCAGGAACACCCGAGAUACAGGUGGCUGGGGAAGCACAGGUGCUUAGUAUUUUCGAGAUCACUGGUAGAAGCAAGGCUAAAGGCGCUGAUGUUAAGAUUGCAGGUUGUAAGGUAAUAACGGGUCACGUAGCCAAGUCUUCAACUAUGAGGCUUUUAAGAAGUGGAGAAGUUGUUUUUGAGGGAACUUGUGCAUCACUCAAGCACGAUAAGCAAGAUGUGGAAAAGGUUUUGAAGGGAAUUGAGUGUGGUGUUGUCAUCCAAGAUUGUUUCGAAUUUCAGAUCGGUGAUGUAAUACAAUGCUUGGAGGAAAUCAGACGUAAGCCCACGUUUAUAUCAUCAAACAACGGCGUUUUUCGAAUUGAAUGCUGAUAUUUAAACAUAGCUAAAUUGGAGGGGUACUCUGGAUAAACAAAAGGGGAGUCGGAAUUUUUUAACGAUAUUGUUACCUGGCUAAUUUUCAGUUGUUUUUAGUUUAUGAUCUACCUUAUACUGGUUGACUGGGCAUACAUACAUUGAAGUUUGAUUAAUAGGGUUGAUUAGGAAUUUUGGCAUCCUUAGUUUGGAGAGUGGUAAUUAAAUCAAUUGUAUAUAAGAGAUGUAACUCAACUGAUUCUAGAUAACUGUUGCAUUUUACGGCUUUGCUGUUUCGAUCAAUAUUUGGUCUUAUACAAUGUUCAA